GGGCUGUGGCUGUUGCCGUGGGGUCGGUGAGGGAGGGAAGAAAGUUGGCACGGUCUUAGCCUGGAACCCUGGAGCUUUCUUUCGCGGGGAGGGCGGGGUUAGACCCUGCAUCAGUUUCAGGCGCGGCAAGAGUGCUCUUGGGCAUAGGCAGAGUGCAUUUUCUUCACCACCUUAUAUAGCAAAUAUUCCCAGCUCAGUCUCGCCUCGGCGCGUCUUUAAAGUGUUUGUUAGCUUGCAGGGCUAGAUUUUAGAGGCAUUGCUGGUUGAAGCAGAAGAGUUCACCUGUGGAACUUCGCACUAACAUAGCUGCUUUGCACAAGGAGUAUCCAGGUUUAAGCAGGACACUUUGCCAAAUCUCACAGAACCUUAAAAUGGGCAACACAAGCAGUGAACGUGCUGGAGUGGAGCGCCAAGGAGGGCACAAGACUCCUCGAAGGGAUGGCUCUGGAAAGGAAGGGGACAGGCCCAAGAUCUUGAUGGACAGCCCUGAAGAUGCUGACUUGUUCCACGGGGAAGAAAUCAAGGCUCCCUUGGAGAAAGAAGAAUUCUUGGCUUGGCAGCAUGAUGUGGAAGUGAACGAUAAAGCUCCAACCCAAGCUCGGCCCACUGUCUUCCGCUGGACUGGAGGAGGCAAAGAAGUUUAUUUAUCAGGCUCAUUUAACAACUGGAGCAAACUUCCACUUACGCGGAGCCACAAUAAUUUCGUAGCCAUCUUAGACCUCCCAGAAGGUGAACACCAGUACAAGUUCUAUGUGGAUGGUCAGUGGACACAUGAUCCUUCAGAGCCUGUAGUAACCAGCCAACUGGGGACUCUCAACAAUGUUAUUCAGGUGAAGAAAACAGAUUUUGAAGUAUUUGAUGCUUUAAUGGUGGACUCCCAAAAGUGCUCUGACAUGUCUGAGCUGUCAAGUUCACCUCCAGGGCCCUAUCACCAGGAGCCCUACAUCUGUAAGCCAGAGGAGCGUUUCAAGUCUCCCCCUAUCCUUCCUCCACAUCUGCUGCAGGUUAUCUUAAACAAAGACACUGGCAUUUCGUGUGAUCCAGCUCUACUUCCGGAACCGAACCAUGUCAUGUUGAAUCACUUGUAUGCCCUGUCCAUCAAGGAUGGGGUGAUGGUUCUCAGUGCCACCCACCGUUACAAGAAGAAAUAUGUGACUACAUUGCUGUAUAAACCCAUAUGAAGCGGGUUCUGGGUUGCCUAAUCUGUGGAGUAGCAGAGGGAACAAACCAAAAAAUGUGCACUUUGGUGAAGCAGUAGCAGACUUGCUCUCAAGUCGUACCAUUUUUUUUAAAGAGUCCAGACCUGUUGCAUAGUUGCCUUCCUCUCUCCCUCCUGCUGUGGAUGUUCUUCAGAUCAACCAACAGACCCACUGUGGUCCUGCCAGUGGGAUUUCAAAAACAGACCAUAAUCCCUAAUUGCCUGUUCUUUCAAAGAAAACAUACGCACAAACUGCUGAGAACAUUUUGUUUAUGGUAUUUGGGGUGGGGGGAGCCCUUCAGUUGAAUAGCUCACCCGGAUGAGCUCUGCCAAUUUUAGGGGCUGUCAAUGGGUGUACUUUAUUCAUGAACACUGAGGUCCCCCAAAGCACUUUCUCUGGUUCUUUUUUUAGGUGUACGAGAGAAGCCUUUUCUGCUAAAAAUUCUUGGGGUUAAAUUCAGAUACAUUCACUUGUUCUGCUCUCUUCCCCAGAUAGCUGCCUUUGUCAUCCAAAUCUUUGCCAAGCUUCAAAGUGCUGGCAGAGACAACUAGUUUCUGCUACAUUUUUCAGUAAGUGCUGCCCAGCAAUCUUAAUCCAGUAACAAAACUGACAGCUGUAAGUUGGUGGAUCUGAUUUUCUCAUAGCAGCACUCACCACAAUGGCCGGAAGGGGUCCGAGUUACUGCAGAGUUCUAGGACCAAACCCCUUAGUUCUCUACAAGCGUGCCCCCUGCCACCUGGGCUAUUAAUCACUCAUGUAUCCCAAGCCAUUCUGUAUAUUGGCAAGAAACACAGUCCAUCUCUUCCCCAAAGAUUGUCACCCAUGGAGAUGGUGCUGUUGUACUCCAACAGGAGGAUGUCUCUCCUCUAAAAUAGUUGAUGUGUUCCUUUGCUGCAGUACGUGGCAGAGAACUGUCCGAAGGACCACCUCAGCCUGAAGUCAAAAGGACAGGAAAAAACCACACCUGCCUCUUGUUUAAUUCCAGUUAAUGUGCUGGAGCACUUAAGGUGCAGACACUGCUAAGGAGCCGGCUUGUGCCUUUUAGCCAAGCGAGGCCAUGUAGCAUCAUGAUUCUGUAGCAGCCCCACUGAUCUUAGACUUUGUAUGUUUUGCUUUAAUGGGUAUAUGGCUACACACGCACUGCUGUUGGGAAUGGUAUUUCAUACCCAGUCUUGUCUUCUGUUGUAUUAUUAGCCCUCUUCAGAAAUGUUGACAAUAAAGCAUUUGUGGUAUGAAUAA